AGUCCAACAAAAAUGUCUCUUAUAGAAAAUUUGCACGGUUUUGCCAAAAGUCGUAUGACUCUGACAUUAUUUCAAACAGUAAUUUAAUUCUUUUUUGAACGCUCGGAGAUUAAUUUAAGAAAAUAUCGAAUUGUCCAGAUGGGCAGCCCAGAGCCUUGCAACAUCCACCAGUUUCUGGUCGUAAAAUUCCUUUUCAUCUUACUUUCCCUGAACGUUGUCACAUUUUUCAUAAUUGCCAAGAAUAGUCAAAAUGAAUGCGGGGCUGAAGUUUUCAAUAUUUAUAAUGCCAACGCAAUCCACGAACUCCGUUUCAAGUACCGAAGAGACGAAGGACAGUACAGAAGAGAACUGUACAAAGCUUCAAAAAAUAAUGAUAAUGGGGAAUUCUACGAAAAAGUAAAAAUAGAGGCACUGUGCCUGACGAAGGAAAAAAUUGGAGGAUUUAAAGAUGGAGGAAAAUACGUUUGCAACCCCAAAAAGGCUGGCAAGAAGAAUUGCACAAUUGUGUCACUUGGUCUGAAAAAUCAAAUAAAUUUUGACCUGCAUAUUCAGAAUGUCACUGAUGGCCGUUGUUUGAUACUGGGAGCCGACAAGGACCCUCAAAACCAACAAACUCAAGAAUCAUAUCGGAAAAUAAACGGGAAAUUGUUUACUGGAAAGAUUCCAGAUGAGCUAACAAUUCCGUAUAUGCUUGAAAAGGCAGGAAAGCAUGAAGUGGAACUCCUAAAAAUUGAUAUCGAAGAAGGCGAGCUUACGGGUUUGGAACCACUAAUUAAAGAUUUUUUUGUGUGCCAGAUCUUCAUAGAGGUUCAUGGCACACCCCUGAAACACUUGGAUAUGCUUCAGAUCAUGGCAAGGUACGGAUUUCGAAUAUUCAAUACUGAAUCAAACCCGUUUUGCUCAACUUGUCACGAAUAUAGCUUGAUUAACGAAAAUUGUAUGAUACACUAUGGAGCAGUUUUACUGGGACGAAUUCUGUGAUAAAAUACCAAUUCAUUCGAGAACAACUCUUACUGGGUUUUUCUUGUUUCACUUAUUUAUUGAACACUUUAUUUUAUGUGACAUAUGUAUAAUGUUAUAAAUGUAAUAUCUUUAUAAUUUUUUGCCUGAUGAAUAAAUAUCAAU